GAAGAAACUGAACUUUAUCUUCUUUUGCUCUUUUUUGUACAAUGGAGAAACAAGCCAAACCCAAGAACAAGAUCUUGAAGUUUCUACCAAGAGCCGCCUCUGCGGUGGCGGUAUCCUUCCAAAACCCUUCCUUCAGCCCAAGCAGGGACAGGAGAUCGGAGAUUCACCUAAACAAGCUCAGAAAUCAUGCCGGGAGAGGAUUCUCCGGUCCCAUGAUCAUAUCAAUGAUUCCUGAUGAAGCUCGACGGAAGACCAAGAACGGGGGGUUUGAUUCUCAAGAACCCACCUCGCCCAAAGUCUCAUGCAUGGGCCAAAUAAAGCACAAGAAAGAGAUGAUCAAGAAAGCUAAGCGCACUGCACCGGCGCCGUUGCCGCCGAAAAAAGUGACGACGAAGACGAAGGGUUCUUCUCCUCCCCGCGAGCUAAAGAAGCAUGCGUCGGCGAUUAGGAGAAUCUUUGGCGCCGGUGCAAAACCGGGAAGGAAAUCUGAUGCUUCUGUUGAUUAUAAUAAUAAGCCUGUGGUUCCUGAUAGAGCGCCUUGUUUGAGUCAGAUGAACCGGUUCGCGAGCGGACGUGAUCACUCGUUGGCUGAUUUUGAUUGGAUGGCUGAGAUUGCACCGAUACACCGGGAUCACAGGAACUAUUAUUCGGAUGAAGAGAGAGGAGAGAGUGAUGAUGAAGAAGAAGAGGAUUUCAUAAUUCCUUUCUCCGCUCCCAUGAUGGUAGGUGGAGGAGAAGUGCCUUUGCAGCCAAGAAAAGAAAUUAAUCUGUGGAAGAGAAGAACCAUGGCUCCACCUAGACCUCUCCAAUUAGAUACCAUGGUCACAGCCAGUAAAUCGACUUAGAUUUCUCAGAUUUUUACCCUUUUUUUCUUUUUCUUCUUCUUCUUCUUUUUCGUUGCUUUUACAUCAAUUUGUGGUGCAAAUAUGUGAUGAAAUUUGUACAAAACAGUAAUGAAAUUUGAAGGAUACUGUAAUUGGCAUGAUGGUCGCCAUCUCCUAUUCAUGGAUAUAUGUAGAUGAAUGUUAAAACACA